CUGAGCCGUUGAGAGGUCUAUAGGUGACGAAGAUGACGCAAUAGACGUGGUACAGAGAAUCCUGGCCUAACUUCAGAGGGGAAACAUUGGGCACGGUCCAAGUCCAAGUCCGCGACCGUAUACAGAGCGUAUGAAAGCAUCGAGGUGUUUCAUAUAUGUCCCUGAAGCAUUGCCGACAGAAAGGGAUCCGUCGAUAACCAACCUGCCUCCCAGACUUUUAUCGACAGAUCUAACGGCUCACAUCCAACGCGAGCCACCCAAGCUCUACUGCUUAUCCUUUGUCUCUCGUGCGGCUUGUGGAGUGAGGAAGCAUGCCUAACUAGCUAGCCGGGGCGCGCACUAGAUUCCACUCCAACAGUUCCUGGCAUCGGGACUUUGUAGACCACAGACGCUGAGGCGCCCGCCGUGCCGUCCAUACAGAUUCCAGGAAAGGAUACGUCUGAAUUUUCUCCUGAAACUCUUUUAAGGAGAAUUCGCGGUCUACAAAACGACUCGUACAGAGAAUAGUGUGGAGAGAGCAAAAAGUGUGGAGAGGUUCCCGAAAAACGUGUGGCGACAUUCCCGGAAAAAAGUGUGGAGGCAUUCCCGGAAAAUUCCCGGAACAGUACUGUGACUGAAGCACUGCGGCGUGUACAAUCCGGACUCGGCAGGUGGAGAGACGACUAACAUGCAUCGUUUUCUACUCGGGUGGGAUGGAAAACGACUCAUCGCAGGGAUUCCAAAGAACUGACCUAAGGACGAAACAAUCUUAUCCCCCUGCUUUUUUUCUUCUUAUAUUAGUAGCUGAAGAUCAAUUUAUGGAUACAAAAUCCUUCAGCGAUCGUAAUAAGUGCGUGGAAUGCAAUAACUGUACACGCCAGGGGGUCUCUGCGUUACCCGAGGCAUGUUUUCCUGCUGCCGAUGUAAGAAUUCCACAGACUUGGAGAUGUUGGUGAUUACCAGAACUGCCAGGCUGACAGCUGGGUGCUGUGAGUGUUCCGGUGUCCAAACCUUCUCGUCAACAGAGUGCGUUAUCUGAGAAGAGUAGGCGGCGAAUUUACGGCAACUGCAACUUUUGACGCUUUCCUUUUCCCGCCGAGAAAAGAAAAAUGCGGUAGUUUAUGGUAACAUUAGAUGGAUGAUCGUCGUCACAGGCAUUGUGCUCGAAAUGACUACAGGAUAGGCCGCAGUGUGAACUAGAGGGACAGAGAUUGGUGACGGAAUCUGACACGGCUUCUGAAAACCAGAGAAAGCAAGAACGUGGAAGCAAGAACUGAACGUCAUGUACAAGCAAAACAUCGGCGAGGCUACGGGCAAGAGAGGGAUGGCGAGGUGUGGCAAUAGAAGACACUGAAGUACGUGUCUACUUUUGAAGACGAAGAAUAAGAAGAAGAAGAGGGAAGAUAAGCAAGAUGAACCGGUCCAACAUGAAGAGAAAGUCUUCGGCUAAGGGGAAGAACAUCACCUUCAAGUGCCCGGAUAAGGUGCUGUGUGUGGUCGUCAACAGGACGUCCUCCACCUGCAUCUUCCGUUUCCCGGGCGACAAGGUACUGUUCUGCCUGGGACCACUCCAUCCCAUCCGGAGGAUAGCUAUCUGUGUAGCAACUAACAAAUAUUUUGAGAUGUUUGUGAUGUGCACCAUCCUCAUCAACAGUCUCAUCCUGUCUUUGUCCAGGCCCAUCCCCAUCACGGACUAUGUGUUCAUGGCGAUCUACACGGCGGAAAUGGCUAUCCGGGUGGUGGCGAGUGGCUUCAUCAGGCGGAAGCACUCCUAUCUCAGGGACAUGUGGAACGUUAUAGACUUUCUCGUCAUUUUUCUCGCGUAUGCAACCCUCUUCGGAGACUUCAGCAACCUUUCGGGCCUGCGCACUUUCCGAGUCCUCCGGGCCUUAAAGACGGUCUCCAUCAUUCGAGGUGACACGUCUUCCUUUGAAGAAAACUAUGACCCGGAACCAUCCGGCUCUCAGGACUUUUCUCUGGGUAUCAACGGGUUGAAACAGGCCGUGCAAGCGCUACUGAAGUCCAUGAAGAUGCUUCUGAACGUCUUGACGCUCAUCCUCUUCUGUCUCAUCGUCAUCGCGCUGUUCGCCCUGCAGCUGUACAUGGGCGUCCUCACCAACAAGUGCGUCAGGAACAUCCCGUCAAACGUCACCAACGUCACUCACGACUUCUAUCAUUCUUACACUUGGAAUAAAACAAAUUGGCAGCCCGGCCGCGAAGACUGGAAAUUCCAGGUCUGCGGAAAUGUGUCGGGGGCAGGGACAUGCGCGGAAAACUACACGUGUCUAGGAGACAUCGACGGUAAUCCAGACUACACGAGCUUCGAUAACUUCGGCUGGGGGCUUCUCAUGUCCUUCGAGCUGCUAACCCUGGAUUACUUCGAAAACGUGUAUGACUUGGUAAUGCGCGCAUACGGUCCCUGGAAUAUGAUUUUUUUCGUGGCGGUGACGUUUUUCGGGUCGUUCUACCUGGUCAACCUCAUGUUGGCUGUGAUCGCCAUGACAUAUCAAGAACAGAAGAGACAGGACAUGGAGCGGAAGAGGAAGAUGCUGGAACAAGUUGAGGCUCUCAAGAAGAAUCCUGUGGCUUUGGCUGAGGCCAUAAACAACUUGCUGAAACCCGUGGAAACAGGAGAAGAGAGCUGGAUGCUGAAAUUCAGCAGAAAGCCGUACGAAAUGUGGUACAUUCUCGAGGGAGCGAAAUUAAUUGCACUCACCAAAGAGAGGCUCAGUCUGCUAAACAUGCAACUUAGGCAAAGAUUUCGAAAGAGAAAACUAGCCCAUCUCCGGAAAAUCGCUAAAAGUGCCGGCAGGCCGGUGGUGGAGGAAACCCAGCCGGUGGAAAUUCCGCUUGUGGAGCAGAACUCCACGGAAGUGAACUCCACAGAAGCCAGUGCUGAAGGUGGGCCGAGGAACUGCUGUGUGGGACCCUCUCACUACACAUGUAUAACCGUAGAACCACCGGCAUCGCCGCUACGUCAUCAGAACACCAAUGGCUACGACAUGGAGUAUAUCAAAUCGACGUGCAGUUGCCACAGAGACCGGUCACUGCAGAGCCAAGAAAACAACGUACCGCCUGCGUCCGCCAUCUUGGCUAUGAGCGCAGCAUCCACGACCAGUCCUAACGGCGGAGCAGAGCAAGACGAAUCCACUGAAGGAAAGUCCUGCCAGGCCUUGAGGAUAAAGAAGGAGAAGUGUGUGUCCUUCUUGUUUGACUACUGCUGUGAGUGGGUCUGCUGUUCCUCUAGCUGCUGGAGCAAAUUUCAGCACUACGUGGACAGGGUGGUGUCAGAUCCUCUCUUCGACUUCCUCAUCAUGAUCUGUAUCCUCAUCAACACCGGGUUCCUGGCGGUGGACCAUCACGGGAUGAGUCAAAGCUUGGCGAAAACUCUAGACGACGGGAACAAGAUUUUUACGGCGAUCUUUACGGCAGAGGUGCUGUUGAAGAUGAUGGCCUGGACUCCAAAGAAGUACUUUCAGGACUACUGGAAUGUUUUUGACUGCUGCAUCGUGUUCAUCAGUCUGAUAGAGUGGGGACUAGAAGGAGUAGAAGGGCUGUCGGUACUGCGCUCAUUUAGAUUGGCACGAGUGACAAGAGUGUUGAAGCUGGCUAAGUCAUGGCCGACCAUGCAGCUUCUCCUGACCAUCAUCACUAACAGCAUCCAGGACGUAGGGGGCCUUACGUUCCUACUAGUCGUCAUAAUCUACAUCUUCAGUGUGUUGGGCAUGCAGAUGUUCGGCCAGGAUUACAAAGACAACUACUUAAGGUUACCUGGGAAGGAGGUUCCUAGGUGGAACUUUGUGGACUUUCACCACUCCUUCAUGAUGGUGUUCCGGGUCCUGUGCGGAGACUGGGUCAAGCCGCUGUACGACUGCAUGGCCGUGUCAGGGUACGGUUGCGUCAUCAUGUACGUGGCCGCACUGGCUGUCGGGAACUUUGUGGUUUUGAACCUGUUUGUCGCGAUGCUCUUGAGCUCCUUUGCCUCGGAGGAACUCAGCAGCUUUGAGAACAACACCAACAGCAUCCAAGACGGGAUGAAGAGACUUAAGGAGAUCUUCGGCCUCAACGGUCUCUUCAACAGCUGCAGAAACCCUAAGAAGCAGAAGGACGACAACGUCAUAACAGUCGACAGAAAGAAUCUGCUAAAGUUCCUGCACGAAAGAACUCACACCAAGUUGUCCCUUGUGUCGGACAAGAGCGAACACAGCGUACAGGACUGUUUUCCCUCAGUCUUCAUGAGGCUUCGGUGUUGGAAGAAGUUUAGUAUGAGCAAGUUCGGGAGACACUGGGCCAAGUUCAGGUUAAAGACUCUCAAGAUCGUCGACAAUAACAUCUUUGAGGGAUUUAUCUUAGUCGUCAUCCUAGCCAGCAGUAUAUUACUGGCAUUCGAUGACAUCUACCUGGAAACAAGGCCGACCCUCCAGAAGGUGUUGGACAUCCUGGAUAUCAUCUUUGCUUUUAUUUUCCUCGUAGAGAUGCUUCUAAAAUGGAUAGCCUACGGCUUUGUCAAAUAUUUCACCAAUGGCUGGUGUGUUCUUGACUGUGUCGUGGUUGCGGUAGGUCUACCCGUUUCGUUGUUCAGCAUAGCUCUUGAAUCUACCACCAAGUCGGCUAACCUGUCGGCAGUGAGGUCUCUGAGAGUCUUCCGGGCACUGCGGCCUCUAAGGGCUAUCUCCAGGUGGCAGGGUAUGAGGGUGGUGGUGAGCGCCCUCCUGCACGCCGUGCCCGCCAUCUUCAACGUCCUGCUGGUCUGCGUGGUCUUCUGGCUCAUCUUUGGCAUCAUGGGCGUCCAGCUCUUCUCCGGGCAGUUCUUCAAGUGCCUGGACCACGAGGGAGAGCGGAUCCCUGCCACGCUCAUCAACGACAAGACGGCCUGCCUCGGCGGAAACUUCACCUGGAUCAACUCCAAGGUCAACUUCGAUAACGUGGGAGCGGCCCUAUUGGCACUCUUCCAAGUGGCUACUUUUCAAGGCUGGAUAGAGAUCAUGCAUGAUGCAGUGGACGUCAGAGGGGUUGACAUGCAGCCGUCACGUGAGGCCAACCCGUACAUGUACAUCUACUUCGUCGUGUUCGCCAUCUUUGGUUCCUUCUUCACUCUCAACCUCUUCAUCGGCGCCAUCAUCGACAACUUUAACUCACUCAAGAGGAAGUACGAAGGUGAGGGGUACCUGGACAUAUUCCUGACGUCCAACCAGAAGAAGUACUACAACACGCUGCGGAAACUCAGCGACAAGAAGCCUCAGAAAAUCGUCAGUCGUCCAAAGAUAAGGUGGAGGGCCGCCAUCUUUGAUUUCGCCCUCAGUAAGGAGAUGGAAAUAGCGGUGAUGGGAGCUAUCGGGCUAAACAUGGUUGCCAUGGCAAUAGAACACUACCGGCAGACAGAGGUCAUCACGCAUGUCCUCUGGGUCAUUAACCUCGUCUUCACGGGCCUGUUCACGCUGGAAGCCAUCGUCAAGCUGAUUGGGAUGGGGAACCAGUACUUCCGGUUACCGUGGAACGUUUUUGAUUUCUGCAUAGUUGUUCUGUCUAUUCUAGGUUUUCUUCUGGAGGAUGUGUUGAAGAGCAGGUUUCUGACGCCGACUCUACUGAGGGUGGUUCGCAUAUUCCGUAUCGGGCGGGUACUGCGGCUUAUCCGCGCGGCCAAGGGGAUCAGUCGCCUCCUGUUCGCGCUGCUCAUCUCCCUCCCGGCGCUCUUCAACAUCUGUAUCCUCCUCCUCAUCGUCAUGUUCAUCUUCAGCAUCAUGGGGAUGGUCUCCUUCACGCACGUGCAUCACGAAGGCAUGCUGGACGAGAUCGUCAAUUUUGAGACGUUCGGGCGGUCCAUGAUGCUUCUCUUCCGCCUGACGACCUCAGCCGGGUGGAACGACAUCCUGGAGCCGCUGAUGAAAUACUGCGACACCAGCGAACCGACGCACGACGGGCUGUGCAGCGGCACCACCAUCCCCGCGCUGUACCUCGUGAGCUACAUCAUGGUCAGCUCUCUGAUCAUAAGGAACAUGUACAUAGCAGUGGGCCUGGAGGGCUUCAACCAGGCUCAGGAGCAAAAACACGUCGGGAUCACCGAAGACGACUUUGAGUCCUUCUACAUGGUGUGGCAGAGAUACGAUCCUGAUGCCACGCAGUUUAUUGAUUAUACACUAUUAACUGACCUCGUGGACGAACUAGACGAUCCACUUCGAUUGCGUAAACCGAAUAAUAUCAAGCUUCAGACGCUGGACAUCCCCCUGGUCAGUGGGGACCGUGUCCACUGUAUAGACGUCCUGAAAGAGCUGACCACCUUCACGUACAAGCGCCUGUGGGGAGACGUGGAAAACACGGACGAGUUUGGAGAGAUCAUGGAUCAAAUGGAGGACACGUUCAAGAAGUCGUUUCCCACGAGAGUGAACGAGGUCGUGGUGACGACCACGGCACGCAGGGAACGAGAGUUCCGUGCGGCGGUUUUGAUACAGAGGGCGUUCAGAAACUAUCAGACGGCGAAGUGGGCCGAACUUUUGAAAAGCUUCACGAUUCACGAGACGAGUGUAUGAUACACGGAUACCCUUUUUCCUAUAUGUCUAUAUCUUUGAAAUAUGCACGCGUCAUGCUCUGUCAGAUUGACAGGUAGCGCGUACUGCGCAUGCGGGGCACACUGCAGUACUGUGUCGUCCUUUGCGCAAUGCACCAUGGGAACAUCGGUGCGAUACCCUUUUCAAAAUGGCGGGUCUUCAGGGUGAGACCAAGCGCAUGAUCACUCGGGGGCGGCAGCUUUGCAAUCAUACUAACCUUCAAUUGCAAAACCAUAAUGCUCUCACCCAGAAAAGAAGCACUUUCCGCAGCUGAAAGCAAACAAACGAAACACCAACAUUUCUUCCCAAUAGUCCUGCGAAAACAUUUUGAAAAAAUUGUUAACGCUACGUACUAUGUGUACGAAAUCCGUCUGCUUUGACUAUUGUAUUUGAUUUCUUCUAAAUAUACUACCCUCAGAUAUUCACUAUUUAGCAGUUUGCAUUUUGUACUUCUUCACAAUGAAUGAAAAGGCUUCUGUAG